AUGCGGCUCUACUUUGCGGCGGCAGCAGCAAUUUCAGCACGCGCGCAGGCUGGUGGUGGUAGGAAAGAGCAAGGAGGAGCAGGCGGUGCGAAGUACAUCCUUACACAUUGGACUCUAGAGGCUCGCCUGGGCCGAGCGCUGAAAAGAGCCGAAAUAUAUCCAGGCCAUGAGUUUUUAUUCUACAGCAGCUCAUACAUUUCGGAUGGCUGGUGCGACAGUUAUUAUAACACCGAGGAGUGCGAUUGGGAUGGGGGAGACUGCUGUGAGUGCGACUGCGUCGACGCACUUUAUACCUGCGGCGUUGCCGAUUACGACUGCCUCAACCCUUCCGCGUGUGGCGGAGAUGAAGACGAUGAUGAUGAUGUGCCGGUGGGAGCCAUCGUUGGCGGUGUGAUCGGCGGGGUAUUGUUUUUGGCCGCCGUGAUCAUCUUGGCGGUCUUGUUCAAGAAAGGUUGCCUGAAGCCUUGCGCAUGCGGCGAUUCUUGCGCAUGCUGCGAGCCCGGCCCUCCUGCAACUCCUGCUCCUGCUCCUGCCUAUGCUCCUGCUGGUGGUGGGUCGGCGCCGUCAGUUGUCAAGGGGUAUCCCGAGGUGUACUCUUCCGCUGCAGUCGCGCAACUUCCCCCCGCUGCGUACGAGGGUCCUGGCAGCGUUCCGGCCCCCGGAGUCCAAGCGUACCCGGCGGCUGCAGCAACUGCGGCUCCUCCCGCUUACGGGGGCCCAGUGCGCAACCAGUAUCCCGCGCCGGCAUGA